CUGCUGAAAGUGAUCCUUGCCUACCAUUCGCACACAAAGGCUGGGAGCUCUACCAGCCUGCUCCUCGGUGCAGCUGCAAACCCGCGUCAGCGCGGGCUGAGCGACCCAGGCUUUCACCUGAAAAUGAGUGGGGAGGGGUCUUGACGAGCCCUGGAGACCUCCCGGAGUGGGGCGGGGAGGGAGCUGACAGCCCGAGUGGAUGGAGACCGCUGGUCCCCGGGGAUCAGCUCGCGAUUAGCUGCUUCUUGGAGGCUCCCCGCGCCAAUUGAGCAUCCUGCCUGUGGUCCAGAGGGUGCUGGCGGCGCAUCUUGCGGUAUGCCUGCGUGCAUUUGAGCCAUCGCCCAGAGGCGAGCCCGCAUUCAGACACGGUGGACCGGCGCGGGCAGGGCUGCGUGCAGGCAGUGCGACGCUCAGCUUUAGGCGUCUGCAAAAGCCUCCCGACUGCAUGGAUUUGGCUGUUUAAUGAGCCAAGGUGACUGCCCGGGAAGAUUUGCGAGCCUGAUCCUCACUCCAGCUGCUGUGACAACUUCGGGGCUGGCUGUUUACUUCUCUCGGUGCCCGGGACUCUGGUCUGCACCGCAGCCACACCUGCCACUCGCCCGGCGCUGAAGUCAGCCGCGAGGACUCCUCUGACGGCAUCCCCGGGAAGGGAGAGCAAGGAGGGGUUAAGAGACGAGCAGAAACCCCCCCGACUGCUCAACCUCUCGUGACUGCCUGUGUUCUGGGGUUCUGAGAGGGACCGUGCGCUGCCCGGGGAAGCAAUGCAAGUCUCCAUAGCCUGCACAGAGCACAAUUUGAAGAGCCGGAAUGGUGAGGACCGACUUCUGAGCAAGCAGAGCUCCACCGCCCCCAAUGUGGUGAACGCAGCCCGGGCCAAAUUCCGCACGGUCGCUAUCAUCGCGCGCAGCCUGGGGACCUUCACCCCUCAGCAUCACAUUUCUCUCAAAGAGUCCACCGCAAAGCAGACUGGCAUGAAAUAUAGGAAUCUUGGAAAAUCAGGACUCAGAGUUUCUUGCUUGGGUCUUGGUAAGUACCAGGGGUAUCACGUGGGGGUGGAUUGGGAGGUGGGAGAUUGGGGAGAACACCAAGGUAGUGACUGGGAUCAGGUUGAGACCCAGUCUCAGAUAUGGGAAAAAGCAGCCUUGGUGUUUGGGCCCUUCAACACCAUGAGAGCUAUUCCUGUUGCUGAACGGCUGAUGACAAUUGCCUACGAAAGUGGAGUGAAUCUCUUUGAUACUGCCGAAGUCUAUGCUGCUGGAAAGGCUGAAGUGAUUCUGGGGAGCAUCAUCAAGAAGAAAGGCUGGAGGAGGUCCAGCUUGGUCAUAACAACCAAACUCUACUGGGGUGGAAAAGCUGAAACGGAAAGAGGUUUGUCAAGAAAACAUAUUAUUGAAGGGCUGAAGGGCUCCCUCCAGAGGCUGCAGCUCGAGUAUGUGGACGUAGUCUUUGCAAACCGACCGGACAGCAACACCCCCAUGGAAGCAUGGUGCCUGAGAAAUGAAGGUGUGAGUUCCGUGCUCCUGGGGUCCUCCACUCCUGAACAACUCAUUGAAAACCUCGGUGCCAUUCAGGUUCUCCCAAAGAUGACAUCACAUGUGGUAAAUGAGAUUGAUAACAUAUUGCGAAACAAGCCCUACAGCAAAAAGGACUACCGAUCAUAAGGCAGUGCAUGAGCCACGGGAUGUGCACGGUUCAAACUGCAGUCUCUACUGGUACAGAAUGGUGUCACUAGCCAGUCUUUUGAGUCACUUAGCAGCCUGCUGCUCAACCUCUAGUAUUCCCGGAUUCUGAGGUAUCUGCUGUCGCUACCACUGUGCACCUGAAUUACGAGCACAUCUGAAAACUCACAACCAAGGAAAUCCAUUCUAUUUUCUUAUCUUGGACUGGAGUCACCUCUUCUUGCAUUGCUCUGUACACCUCAUGCUUAUGCCACAGGAAGUGUAUGAGGGGAGGACAGAUUACCUUCAGGCAUUUAGUAACUUAAGGCUGUACAGAUGUAUUUUUUCCAAAAUGCAUAAAAUCCACAGAUGCAAUGUGGAUUGCAUCGGAAACAGGCUACGUUAACUCAGAAGUCGUGGGAGAAUAAGCAGAAACAACUUCACAUUGUUUGUUUCUAGUUCCACAUUAAGGUUAGCAAGAGUUGUUUCACCGGUCAUUCAACAAAACUAAAAUUCCAAGGUAUUUGCUUUCAUUACCUUUUAAAAAUAUUCACUGUUGCCUGGCCCCAAGAAUGCCCUGUAUUGUAAUUUACCUGAGGUAUCCAUUAGGAUUCUAUUAACAUUAUGUCCAUUCACACAUAGAGAUGGUGAAAGGAUGAACACCCAAUCUUUAACUUGAAACAUUAUGCCUAAUUUAUGAAAAGGAGGAUUACACUGCUUUGGAAGCUUAGGCCUUGAAUAAAAUGUAGUAUCUACAAUUGAAGUGUUCAUUUUUGACUACAUUUUAUUAAAACCUGCUUUAUAUAUCUGACUGCUUGUAGGCACAGCUUCUGCAAGUUUAAAUAUGUGAGUUUUAAAAAUAUACACAUGCUCAGUUUUGUAAGUAAACCUGUAAAAUACCCAUAAAGGCAAAUGUUUGUUUACUGUUUAAUUAGCACUGGGACUUUACAAUAGGAUGCUUGUUUUUGAGGAGUUAACAUGAAAGUGAAUCAUGGACUUUGUGAAAAAUGCUGUCACUGUUCAACUUAUGCUGGGUGAAUUAACUUGCCUAGUAAAAAGCAAAUGUUAAAAUAUUUCCUGAUUCUAUAACCACAUUAUAUGCACUAAACUAAAUGCAUGAAAGCUCUCUGCAUGGAUCAAAGGGACCUAGCCCUGUUGCACACAGAAGCUGAGGGCUAACCUUGCCACUACGGACUGGUUACCUACCCUCAUGAAUAUUCCACUUGAAAAAAACUUUAACAAUAUAUUGUGUGUACCUGUAAGGAGGGAAAACCUGGUGGGGGGCGGGGGGAGUCCUAUUUCUCUAUUUGGAUACCUGAGCAUGUAAAAUACCGAUUUUCUGGCUAGCAAGUACCCCAUACAGAAAUCACUUUAAGAUUUAAAGAAUAGACUAUCAGCUUAAAAUGCUAUUUUCUGCCACCAUUUCCAAAUAUGUAUUUCAUGAUUAAAUUCUAAAUCUUAAAUUGUUAGUGUGAAAUACCAUUAAAUUUUCUUUUUUGUUACUACUACCUGUAUUCUAAUAAGGAAACAGUUUGGGUUUUUUUGCCCAGGAGUACCAGAGUAAUGAUGGAUCAUCCUUCAGUUGUUCAUUGUGUAUUAAACCAGUGAACUACUGUAUGCAUAAAUGAGCUGAAGUUGUAUAAUUGGAACUGCGAUUUAACUUAUUUGCUUAGAGUAAUAAAAGCAUUUUGUGCAUUUAAUCUCAA